CAGGCUGUCCAGUUGUGGAAGCCCAGGCAGAGCCUGCUGGGCUGGUGUUUGUGUGGGGACCCAGCACUGACCUUGUGGGAUCUGGGGGCUGGGUAGGAAUGGGAAGGUCUAGGAGAACAGAAAAUACAAAAAGAGACGGAGCAAUGGGUAAAUACGCAAAUGUUUGGCAAACAGGCAGUAGGUAGUAACCCUCUCCACACGCUCACUCUCACUGAAACACACACUGCUCACACACUCACACAUUGCUGCCUCUGCCAGGCGGCUUGGAGCUAAAAAUAGGCCAGGCCGGGAGGCUGGGCCAUUGCCCUGGACUCCCACCCAUGAGCCAAGGCUCUCACAGUGCCUUGCAGAUCACUCAGCUUGGACCCCCGUCCCUGGACAGCUUCCCCUCUGGGCCCCCAGUGUCAUUCUCUCCAUCCCGCACCCACGCCCCACUCCAAAGGGCAGGAGUUGGGAAUCAGUAUCCACGUGUUCAGACUUGCAGGGAAAGGGAGCCUGAGGUCCGCAGACCCCACCGCUCCUCUCCCCAAGCCCCAGGCCUCUCGGUUGGCCUCAGCCCCUUCUUGUUACCACUCCCGAGAGCCAGCAUAUGUAUUUACUUUUCCUGGCUUGCAUUUGUGAGGAUUUUCAGUGCUACAUUGAAAAGUAGAGGAUUUGAGAGCUUCUCCAAGAACCCCCCUGAACUUGAUGACAAUAUCAUCUAUAGACCCAGAAGGGAAAACCGGAAGUUCUGAGGCCAAACCACCAAAGUUAGGUUGUACCCCUCCGUCACAGGGAACUGGAGACUCUGGUAGAAAAGUACACAUCAGCCCCCAGGAGCUUUGAGAAAGAUGAACAAAUGGAGAAGAGGAAGAGAGACGGCCUGGGGAGAAAAUCUGAAAGGAAAUGAUUCACAAAGGAGAGAAAGUGAAACCGAAAUGUAACCCCCACCCAAACGGAAAGAGGCCAUCCUCUGGGUCACAGAGGAAAAGGCUCAUCUUUCUCAGGCACCUGUCCUUGCCGCAGUCCUCCUCCCACAGCCUGCCUCCUCUGGUUUAGAAGACAAAGCAAUGAGACAACGCAUAAACUGGAAAUGGCAAAAACUUACAUGAAAACCAAGGAAAUUGUGGAGCUGGCCAACACACAGUCCUUCAUGGACAAGGGUCUGAGCUCUCAAAAUGAGAUGAAGGGAGAGGAAAGAAGACCAGGUGCUUAUGGGUUGCUUGGAAGCAUGACUGAAGAGCAUGACAGUAUUGAAGAGGAAGAAGAAGAGGAAGAAGAUGGGGAAAAACCUAAGAGAAGAGGUCCCAAGAAAAAGAAGAUGACUAAAGCUCGGCUUGAGAGAUUCAGGGCUCGAAGAGUCAAGGCCAAUGCUAGAGAACGGACCCGGAUGCAUGGCCUGAAUGAUGCCCUAGACAACCUCAGGAGAGUCAUGCCAUGUUACUCUAAAACUCAGAAGCUUUCCAAGAUUGAGACUCUGAGACUGGCUAGGAACUACAUUUGGGCUUUGUCUGAAGUCCUAGAGAGUGGCCAGACACCUGAAGGGAAGGGUUUUGUGGAGAUGCUCUGUAAAGGGCUCUCUCAGCCUACAAGCAAUCUAGUGGCUGGAUGCCUCCAGCUGGGCCCACAGUCUAUUCUCCUGGAGAAGCAUGAGGACAAAUCUCAGAUUUGUGACUCUACUAUCUCUGUACACAACUUCAAUUAUCAGUCUCCAGGGCUCCCCAGCCCUCCUUAUGGUCAUAUGGAAACACACCUUCUUCAUCUCAAACCUCAAGUAUUCAAGAGUUUGGGAGAGUCAUCAUUUGGGAAUCAUCCCCCUGACUGCAGUACACCCCCUUAUGAGGGCCCACUCACUCCACCUCUGAGCAUCAGUGGGAACUUCUCCCUGAAGCAAGAUGGCUCUCCUGACCUGGAAAAAUCUUACAGCUUUAUGUCACAUUAUCCUUCUGCAAGCCUAAGCUCGGGGCAUGUGCAUUCAACUCCUUUUCAGGCUGGUACCUCCCGCUAUGAUAUCCCCAUAGAUAUGUCCUUUGAUUCCUAUCCUCAUCAUGGUAUUGGAUCCCAACUCAAUACAAUUUUCACUGAUUAGGCAGUAACAUCUGCAUUUCAGAGAAUGAUGUGGAGAUAUUUCCCAUAAUCCAAAUGAUUGAGCUGAAGAUUCAGACUUUAAACAAAUGCUAUGGAUAUAUAUCAAACAAUAAUCUGAGUCCAUUUAGGACCUCUAACAUCUGUCCUCAUCUUUUGUCAUUGAUUUCUCACAUUGUAUUGAUUCCUUUAGAGUCCAUGAGUGAAAUUGUUUGAUGACUUAAAGCUAUGUGAUAACAGAAAACCUAGGCCCUAUUACGGUGGUGCCAAAAACUCAGUGAGUAAUUUCUGCCAACUAAUUUUCCUUUUACUGGUGAUAUGAAGAAGUUGUUCUAAGUUUGGAUAAUUUUUACAGACAUCCUUGGUUCUGGAGUGCCACAACUUUGCUGAAAACUCUUAUAAAUUUCUCAAAACUGAAAAAAAAGCAAUACUAGGAAAUGAACAGUAUGCAUAGAAUGAUCAAAUGGAGCACAAAGACACAUCUGUUGGUGUACAGAAUGCAAAGUUCAUUUGAACUUAGUGACAAGACUUCUUGUAUUUAUCUAAGAACAGCUUCUAGAAGUUAAAAUUCUAACUUGACUGUCACUGUGAAUAGAUUAGUUCUACUUCUCAUUGGACUAGAAAUUGAAAAUAUCUGUGUUAGCAAUUUGAAAACCACAAGAGAACAUUAUGCCUACUUUAUUCUUACAGCAUUUCAAAAGCACUUUCUUUGUACUGGAGGUAGGGCAACAAAAUCAUUGAAAUUUCAGACUUUUAUGACCAAUGGAACAUGGAGAAGCCAUUUGGAUCAUUUCAUGGUCUCGGAAGCCAGAAACUUCUGGAAAUUCUGACAGUGCUCAGGUGCUGCAAUUGGAAUCACACAACCCAAGUUUACAUUAUAGGGCAAUAAAAUGGUGGUUGGCUACAGUAACUACCAGUUCAGGGACUCUAUCGAGCUCAUACUUGUGUGUAAGAAAACCACUGGCAAGAUGCAUUUCAUUUGGCUAAAGAUUAUUAAAACUAACCACUUCUGUUCACAUUAAAUCAUAUUUUUCAGAAACAUAGCACUCAUCAAUUUAUCAGUUAAACUUGAAUUUUUCUGACAUAUAUGCAAUUCCUUACCUCUCUCACCACUAAUUGUUACCUCUUUCUCAUUCCUAGGACACAAUGUUAUUUCAUUUUGUAGAUAACAUUCCAAGUGGUGAAACUUGAGGGUUCAGAAACAAAGUCUAAGGUCAGUCAAUGCUUUAGCAAUUUCUGUCUUCACCACAAGUUUAGCCCAAUCUGCUGGAAGAGUAUUGUUCGUUAUGCAGUUUCUCUUUUCUUCACAUUAACACUACUUUGUUGAAUUUAUCUUUCAUCCAGAAAAUAAAAUCUAAGAAAUUUUAGUCCUGUUCAGUCAACCAGGACAAUUAAUUUAGGUUCAAACCAAGAACACCAUAAAUGACUUAUUUAGUAGUAGAUCAGGUCCUGCUCCUUCAGAGAAAGUACAUUUAGUAAUGCAGAUACACCAAUAGGACCAAUGAAUAAAACUGAUAAGACAGAUUAGUAUGUCAUUUUCUAUGUCUUAGUUACCUCCUAAAAUCUGCGAAACAGUAUGUAUAUCUUAUUUUUUAACUCCUCUUAUUUAUUUCCCAUAGAAGAUAGUAUCUUGUUUUAAAGCACUUACUCUGUUGUAUUGUGCAUCCUUGGUUUGUAAACCCAUUUGAAGGUAGUUUUUGUAGAGAGAUCAUAAAACUCCAUCAGCCACCAGAGUGAUUCCCCUCAUCAUGAUCUGCCCUAGUAGGAAUAGGCAAGUAAGAUGAUUUAUAAAACCAUCCUAUCUGGUUUUUCAACAUUUGCUGGUACUUAUUUUAUGGGGGGGAGAUAUGAGAGAUUUUUAUCCUUAAAGCUAGCAUUUUCUAGCAUUUGUUGUCUGAGUUAUUUAUUAGAUACUACAUGCUGUCUGAAUUAUUUAUUAGAUACUAUUUAUUUAAUUUAUUUCUCCUCUCCUUUUAUUCAAAUUCUUUGGAUUCCAUAGACAUGCUUACAACCCAGCACUCCCGAAAGUUUCAUUUAGAGAAACACUCAUAAUUUUGCUGGGCAGUACUGAGUUUUGGAGUGGAGGAAAUAAAGGAAUUUGGUUCACAAUUGCUUGUAAUUAUUUGAAUGUCUUUUAAAUUAUUUAAAUUCAACUAAUGAUUUUAGAUGUUUUCCCUUCACUCUAAGAUGAAAUGGAAGGUUUAUUUUGUUUGGAAACACUGUUUAUGCCUUUGGAGAGUAUAUAGUAUCCAUGAACCAGAUCUCCCUGGAAUUGUGCAGAAGAAUUUUUAAUUGAAUUAAAAUUUAGUAAUGCAGUAUGCCGGGGAAGAUUCUGCUCUUCAAACUGGAGUAGUUUCAUUGUUCUGUGGACUUUUUCAGAUAAAAUGAAGCAGGUGUUUAAAUCUUUUGUUUAAAAAAAUGACUGGUUUUCCUCCCUUUUUUCUAGCAGAAAUAAAGCUGUGAGUUUUAUUAGA